AUGUCGGAAAAAGCUGCUGCCGCCGCUGCUCCGCCACCAAUCGAGGUGGAUGACUGCCGGGGUGUUCUUAAAGUUUAUAGUGAUGGAUCAAUAUGGCGCUCUAACAAGCCAAGCUUUGAAGUUCCUGUACAUGAUGAUGGCUCUGUGUUAUGGAAAGAUGUUGUAUUUGAUACCAUGCAUAACCUUCAGCUCCGGCUCUACAAGCCAGCUUCACCUUCCUCCUAUAAGCUCCCAAUCUUCUAUUACAUUCACGGUGGUGGCUUCUGCAUUGGCUCCAGGACAUGGCCCAACUGCCAAAACUACUGUUUCCGGCUGGCUUCUGAGUUACAAGCCGUGGUUCUCUCUCCUGACUACCGGCUGGCUCCCGAGAACCGCCUCCCAGCAGCCAUUGAGGAUGGCUACAUGGCUAUGAAGUGGCUCCAAGCCCAAGCCACAGCCAAGGAGCCGGAUGAAUGGCUCACCGACGUGGCUGACUUCAGCCGUGUGUUCAUUUCAGGUGAUUCGGCUGGUGGGAAUAUUGCUCAUAAUUUGGCUGUUAGGCUUGGAGCCGGCUCAGCCGAUCUGGCUCCGCUUGGAGUAAGGGGUUAUGUUUUAUUGGCACCUUUCUUUGGUGGGACUGUAAGGACCAAGUUUGAGGCUGAGGGACCAAAAGAAGCAUUUCUAAACAUUGACCUUAUUGACAGGUUUUGGAGGCUAUCAAUACCAGUUGGAGAAACAACUGAUCAUCCACUUGUGAACCCAUUUGGGCCCAUAAGCCCAAAUCUGGAGAUAAUGGGCCUUGACCCAAUUCUAGUAGUGGUUGGGGGAUCUGAUUUGUUGAAAGAUAGAGCUGAAGAGUAUGCAAAGAAAUUGAAAAAAUGGGGAAAGAAGAUUGAAUAUGCAGAAUUUGAAGGACAGCAGCAUGGCUUCUUCACCAUUUGUUCCAACUCAGAACCAGCAAAUGAGUUAAUGAUACUCAUCAAGAAGUUUAUUGCACAAAAUUCUGUCUAA